AUGGCCGAGCUGGAGGCCGACUUGGAGCACAUCGUCCCAUCCUCCAUCCCUCCUUUCCGGGCUAAGUUGGUCGUGGGCUUGGCUUCCCUCCUGUGUUUCGCACGCAGCUACGAUGGAGAGUUUGUUUUUGAUGACUCUGAAGCGAUCAUUAACAAUAAGGAUCUCCGAGCAGAAACGCCCCUUGGGGACCUGUGGCAUCAUGACUUCUGGGGCAGUCGGCUGAGCAGCAACACCAGCCACAAGUCCUACAGGCCUCUCACCGUGCUGACUUUCAGGAUUAACUACUAUUUGUCGGGAGGCUUCCACCCGGUGAGCUUCCACGUGGUCAACAUCCUCCUGCACGCCGGCAUCUCGGUCCUCAUGGUGGAUGUCUUCUCGGUGCUGUUCGGCGGCCUGCAGUACAGCAGCAGAGGCCGGAGGGUAAACCUGGCCCCCAGGGCCUCCUUGCUGGCCGCUCUGCUGUUCGCUGUGCACCCGGUGCACACGGAGUGCGUUGCUGGUAUUGUGGGCCGUGCAGACCUCCUGGGUGCCCUGUUCUUUCUGUUAUCCUUCCUGGGCUACUGUAGAGCGUUUAGAGAAAGUAACAAGGAAGGGACCCAUUCUACAUCCUGGGUGUUGCUGAGCAUCCUUCUGGGCGCGGUGGCCAUGCUGUGCAAAGAGCAGGGGAUCACUGUGCUGGGCUUAAAUGCGGUCUUUGACAUCUUGGUGAUCGGCAAAGUAAACGUCCUGGAAAUUGUCCAGAAGGCACUACACAAGGACAAGUCAUUAGAGAGCAUUGGCGUGCUCAGAAAUGGGGGUCUCCUCUCCAGAAUGGCCCUCCUGGCUGUGGGGGGAGCCGGGGUGCUCUACGUGCGCUGGAAGAUCAUGGGCACCGGCCCGCCGCCCUUCACCGAGGUGGACAACCCCGCCUCCUUCGCCGACAGCAUGAUGGUCAGGGCCAUAAACUAUAAUUACUACUAUUCCUUGAAUGCCUGGCUGCUGCUGUGCCCCUGGUGGCUGUGCUUUGAUUGGUCCAUGGGCUGCAUCCCACUCAUUAAGUCCGCCGGGGACUGGAGGGUAAUUGCACUGGCAGCACUCUGGUUCUGCCUAAUUGGCCUCGUAUGCCAAGCCCUGUGCUCUGCAGACAGUCACAGGAGAAGGAUCCUCACGCUGGGCCUGGGAUUCCUCGUUAUCCCGUUUCUUCCCGCAAGUAACCUGUUCUUCCGCGUGGGCUUCGUGGUGGCGGAGAGAGUGCUGUACCUGCCCAGCGCGGGGUACUGCAUGCUGCUGACGCUCGGGUGCGGCGCUCUCGGCAAACACACGCCGAGAAAGAAACUGAUCGCUGCUCUCGUACUGGGGAUUCUAUUCCUAAACACGCUGAGGUGCAUCAUUCGCAGCGGCGAGUGGCGGAGCGAGGAACAGCUCUUUAGAAGCGCCCUGUCUGUGUGCCCUCUCAAUGCUAAGGUUCACUACAAUGUUGGCAAAAACCUGGCUGACAAAGGCAAUCAAACAGCUGCCAUCAGAUAUUAUAGGGAAGCUGUAAGAUUAAAUCCCAAGUAUGUUCAUGCCAUGAAUAACCUUGGAAAUAUUUUAAAGGAAAGGAAUGAGCUACAGGAAGCGGAGGAGCUGCUGUCUCUGGCUGUACAAAUACAGCCGGACUUUGCUGCGGCCUGGAUGAACUUAGGCAUCGUGCAGAACAGCCUGAAACGGUUCGAAGCUGCCGAACACAGCUACCGGACAGCAAUCCGACACAGGAGGAAGUACCCCGACUGUUACUACAACCUCGGGCGCUUGUAUGCAGAUCUAAAUCGUCACGAGGACGCGUUGAAUGCGUGGAGAAACGCCACUGUGCUGAAGCCAGAGCACAGCCUGGCGUGGAACAACAUGAUCAUACUCCUGGAUAACACAGGUAAUCUAGCCCAAGCUGAAGCAGUUGGAAGAGAGGCGCUGGAAUUAAUACCCAAUGAUCACUCUCUCAUGUUCUCGUUGGCAAACGUUCUGGGAAAGUCCCAGAAAUACAAGGAAUCGGAAGCGUUAUUCCUCAAAGCAAUUAAAGCUCAUCCAAAUACCGCAAGUUACCAUGGCAAUUUGGCUGUGCUCUAUCAUCGUUGGGGGCAUCUGGACCUGGCCAAAAAACACUAUGAGAUCUCCCUGCAGCUUGACCCCGCGGCACCGGGAACUAAAGAGAAUUACGGUCUCCUGCGACGCAAGCUGGAACAAAUGCAAAAGAAGGACGGCUGA